CAGGUCGGAACUUGAGCAUGCGAAGCAUCUGUAUAGAUUACUUAUACAUAGAACGCGCAUGGAUGGUUAGAGAGCUCAAGCAUGGGCCUUUCUCGUGUCACCCAGCUGCGCCUCCACUUGUUUCCGGUUGCAGGAUCGCCGUCAGGAAGCGUUCCCACAUCGUGCGGCCCGUGGCGGUAAGCGGGCGCCCCGCCGCGGCAAGGUUAGGGCGACGCCAUGCGCCCCUCACGGAGCAACUCGCCGCGGCCGCCUACAUUCUCAACGUCAAUCGAAGAGGAAUGCGCCGCGACUGGAAACCCGCCACCUUGGCUCUUUGGCAGGUACGGGGGGGCUGCGAUCGGGAUAGCCAGCCGCCGCCUAUUUCGCACGGGCCCCCCGCCGCCCCGAUGC